AUGUCCUCCACUCGUAUCUUCGCCUCUCGCAUGGCCUCCACCAUGGCCGCGACCUCCAAGGUCGCCCGCCCGGCCACCCGCGUCAACGCUGUCGUCCCCAAGCGUACCUUCACCUCCCAGAAGAAGACCAUCCCCAUGACCCCCUUCCAGACUCUCAAGCGCCAGCAGCCCUCCAGCCUCAUCCAGGCCAACGCUCGCCAGGUCUUCGCCAACCAGGCCGCCCGCCGCCAGUACUCCUCUGAGAUCGCCGACGCCAUGGUCCAGGUCUCCCAGAACAUUGGUAUGGGUUCCGCCGCCAUCGGUCUGGGUGGUGCCGGUAUCGGUAUCGGUGUUGUGUUCGGUGCCCUCCUGCUCGCCGUCUCCCGCAACCCUGCUCUCCGUGGCCAGCUCUUCUCCUACGCCAUUCUGGGUUUCGCUUUCGUCGAGGCCAUCGGUCUGUUCGACCUGAUGGUUGCCAUGAUGUGCAAGUACGUCUAA